CGACCUCUAGCAAGCUAUAUAAGGCAGAGGGUGAAAAUGUUCUCGUUAGUUCGUGAUUGCACAAGUUGUCGGAAGGUACGAGCUGAAGUAUUCCAUUUGUAAAUUCAGCAAGAAGAUCGAAGCAACAUGUACUACUGCUUGACGAUUUAUUUACUGGUGAUCGGUUGGUGCAAUGCGGCGACUAUAUCGACUGGACAAGAAAUCAGAACCGAGCAGAAUAGACAGAAGGAAGAAUCGAACGAUCAGGCGAUCGCAAACCCUCAAACUGGAAGUCAACAGCUGCAGACUUAUGUAUCUUCGCAAGGAAAUCAUUUGUCACCCAACCAAUAUUUUUAUCCAACGUACACUGAUUAUAAUAACGGCGGAUACGCGAUGAAGACAGGAUACGAGGGUUACCUAAUUCCCGCGGUUUUGUCGCCUCAAAGAGAAUCGCACUGGACUACAGAGAUCGCAACCACUUUGCUUCCGUUCUCCGGCGACGUUCUUCUGUACGCAGCGCGAGCAGGAGCUUAUCUGUUGCAUUUGGUCUUCACGGUUAUCAUGGGCAGCUUUUUCACCACCGUUGUCUGCACCUUUACGUCAAUUUGCAGCAUCAGUUUUCUCGGCUAUGGUCUUAACAAGAAUCAAGUGAAGGAACAGGUAGCAGAACUGGCCAGGACCUACGUAACUCCCGAGAGCAUUAAUGCAGCGACUAUUCUGGUUUCUCGGGCAAUCGAAAGUUACACAGCGAUGCAACGAGAGAAACAGGAAACCGCGAAGCAGCAAAGAUCGACCAGAGCCUCCAGCUGGGUCGUGAUCGCGUUUAUCGCGAUAAUCACGACAGGUUGCAAGUCCGAUGUAGUGCAAGCUUCCAUGGGUCCAAACAGAGUUAAUAAUACCAUUCCUACCAUCCCAAUCCGCGACGAUGACGACGAGUUGGAGGACUUCGUGCCCUACCAAGGAGAACGUUUCAACGUUUUCGACUGGUUACUGCUCAGAGCUCUGAGCAAGAGAAAUUCGGGGAAUGUUCUUGUAUCUCCCAUAUCUCUGAAGAUCGCUAUGGUGUUGCUGUACGAAGGGGCACAGGAUGAAACUGCGAACGAACUCGCCACCGUGAUGCAGCUACCAGCGACUCGAACGGCUACCAGAGAGAAAUUUUCCACUAUUUUACGCUCGUUUAUGGAGAGUUCGCCAGCGUACAAGUUGAACAUUGGCACGCGAAUGUACGUCGACUCGAGCAUUCUGACCAGGCAACGAUACGAGGCGAUCUUGAAGACCUUUUAUACCACUGACGUAUUAACUGCGAAUUUCUCGGUAGCACCGCUCCUGGUAGAAUCGAUCAAUGCCUGGGUCGCUAACAUAACCGAGGGCAACAUCGACAAGAUGAUCGAACAUGAUAGCAGCAUAAAGAAUUCGGUGAUGGUGAUCAUGAACGCGCUGUUCUUCAAGGGAUCGUGGCGUCGCAAGUACUUCGAUCCAACGAAUACUCAAGUACGACCGUUUUACACUAGCGGUAAUCGAACCCUGAACGUGCCAUACAUGCGAGUCGUAGGACGAUUCUAUUAUUCCGAGUCGUCUGAGCUGGAAGCAAAGAUCCUACGUAUACCGUACGAUGGUCACAAGUUCGCCAUGUACCUAGUAUUGCCGCGUGCACGCGACGGAAUCGAGAAGCUCGUCAGCCUAAUUAAUCCCUACGCGCUGACUCGACACGUGUGGCUGAUGCAGGACUUGCCCAUCGACGUUUCCAUUCCGAAAUUCAAGUAUCAGUUCACUAGUCACCUAGAAUCAGUCCUUCGUGAGCUUGGUAUCCGUGACAUCUUCGACGACACGGCCACGUUGACGGGUAUAGCUCGCACCAAAAAAACCUCCAGACACCUGAAAGUCUCAGACAUCCUUCAAAAGACUGGCAUAGAAGUAAACGAAAAUGGAACCACGGCAUACGCAGCCACGGAGGUCGACCUUGUGAAUAAAAUGGGGGAGGAAACGUUCUACGCGGAUCAUCCGUUCAUCUUUUACAUAGAGGACGAAUCCACGGGAACGAUUCUCUACAUGGGCAAAAUGGUAGACCCUCUCGAUGUAUCUGGAAAUGCGAACAGCUCGUUGCCACAGUUUCCAUCCAAGUUUGGCCCGGGAAUACCGGACGCAGACACGAUCUUGCAGGCGGGCUUGAACGCUGAGGAUCGCAACAACCUCUUCAACACGUAUUUAUCACAGGCAUUGAACAAAGAAUACAAUGGAAAUCUAGUAUCGUCGCCUGCGAGCCUUAAAAUGGCUUUAACGAUGCUUGCAGAAGGAGCAAGCGGAGACACUGAAACGGAAAUCGUUUCGUCUCUAAGAUUACCAGAAAAAGCGUCAGACACAAGAGAAAUUACCCAGCGCGUGUUGAAAGCACUGAAGAGAGCUGAAAAUGGUACCGAAAUUAGUCUAUCAACUUGUAUGUGGAUAGAUAGAACUCUGAACGUGCUAGAUAGCUACGAACGUAUUUUACAAUCCAAUUACGAUGGAUAUAUACAGAGUGUAGAUUUUACGGAUACGCAGAAUACCGUGAACGCUAUUAACCACUGGAUUAAUCAAGCAACGCGCAAUAAAAUUACUUCGCUCUCCGUAAACAGUGUCCAACCCGAAACUCGUUUACUAUUGACUUCGGUCAUUUAUUUUAAAGGUCGUUGGUUAAAAUCAUUCGACAAGGCAAAUACGAAUCUACAUUGCUUCUAUACUCCAACCGGUGAAUGUCGAAAGAUAAACUUCAUGGUACACGAGUCCACGUACCGAUACGCUCAGAUAUCCUCUAUCGAUGCUGAGGUCUUAGAACUUCCAUACUCGGAUGGUAAAACAUCCAUGUUGAUAUUAAUGCCAAGCAAAAAAGAAAGGGACCCGUAUCUUCGAAUAUUAUCGAAAGAUUUAUCCACUGUUCCCGUUUCCGCGAUGCUGGCGAGCCUAAAAGAAAGAGGUGUUACCCUCUAUUUACCCAAGUUUACUAUUGAGAAUAGUCUCAAUCUAGUACCAACGUUGCAACACUUGGGCAUCGACAGAAUCUUUAACUCUAACGCAAAUCUAACGAAAAUUGUAUCUAAUGGUCCCCUUCAAGUAACAAGUAUAGUACAAAAUGUUCAAAUAGAAGUAGAUGAAGAAGGAACAUUGGCUGUAGCUGAUACAGAAAUUGGAUUCGUGCCCCUUUCAUCUUGGAAUAACGACAUUAAGUUCAACAGACCAUUUUUGUUUAUAAUCAUUGACUCUGUAACACACACAACCCUAUUUUCUGGUCGUUUCAUUCAACCAGUUUAGCAAUGUUUACAAGCUAAUUACAGUAUAAAUGCUUUUUUUUCCUACUCCUUACAAUUUAAAUUUCAUUUACAGAUAAUAGUUAUCUGUUUUAAUAAUAAAUACAUAUCAAUGAAAUACAUUGUACUCGUAUAUUAUGUAUAAAAGCUAAACAACUGA